AUGUCGUCUCACCUGUUUCUCCCCCAACGCACGCCUUCCGGAGAUCGUGUCACCGUUGGAGACGAGUAUUACACGCCGUGGGCACACGCAAGCGUGAUUCUUGAUUACAAACCAGACGGUCGCAGGCCCUCUGCGACACCUAUGCACUAUCUAGAUGAUGCCUUCUCGCUGAGUUACCGCCUGCUACGGCCACUACACAACUUGUGCGAAGAGCGAUCGACAUCGUGGCAUCACAUGUGCAUCACUUCGCCUCCUAUGCACCGUCUGAUCCUGACCGUCCAACACAUCCGCUAUGAUUCUACAAAAGCCUCCGGUGAAGCCAAGUUGGUGAUCGAAAACCCUACAGGCAUUACCUGUGGGGACUUAUUUGAAGAAAUAGGGAACACAAAUCUUAAGCGGAACCUGGGCCUGAUCGGCGACGCCAAGGACUGUAGAGGUGUCACGUAUCCGUUCAUCGGGGACAGUGAGGAGUGUCUUUGCUACGACAACAUCGGACUACCAGAUCUUCAAUAG